AUGGGAACAGAGACGGAGGCUGGGGGAAGGGAGGAGGAGGAGGAGAAGAAGAGGACGAGAAGAAAAGAAGAAGUCGGUCUUCUGGCGAAGGCUGCCACCCAAACAAUACCUGGAGGAUACCUGUGUGCUGGUACGGCGCCUCCCGCCCAGAGGCUGCUCGCUCAAUGGGGCAAAGCGCGGGCGCCAGUCCAUGGGUGGCUGCGUUGCUUGGCGGCGGUGUUUAGCGGUCACCAGGCCGGUGUCUCGUUGGCUCCCUGCCACACCAAGACCCAGCCCAAGCCCAGAGUUCAGGUACCCAAAGGUACCUGGGCAGGCGCCUGGUCGCAGGAUGGGUGA